AUGAGCACCCGGCAGGAGACCAGAAGAGAGGGGGGGGACUCCAGCAGGAGGGGGCAAGGGGCAGAGCUCCGGGACCGAGCCCACCUGAGCCAGCAGCGCCGGCUCAAACAGGCCACCCAGUUCCUGCACAAGGACUCCGCCGACCUGCUGCCCCUGGACAGCCUCAAGAGGCUGGGCACCUCCAAGGACUUGCAGCCGCAUAGUGUGAUCCAAAGACGCCUGUUGGAAGGAAACCAGAGUCGGAGUCAGGGGGAGUCUCCCCUGGUGCAGGCCCUGAUGCAUGGCCAGGAGAACAGGAGGAAGACAAACACGCCAGAGAUUCCAGCUCUUCUGGUCAACUGCAAGUGUCAGGACCAGGUCCUUAGGGUGGCCGUGGACACAGGCACCCACUACAACCAGAUCUCCGCUGGAUGCCUCACCCGCCUGGGGUUAGGGAACAGGGACCCAGCACCUGGACUCCCACCCCAGGUGGAACAGCUGGAGCUACAGCUAGGCCAGGAGACUGUGGCAUGCUCAGCUCAGGUGGUGGAUGUGGAGAGUCCUGAAUUCUGUCUCGGACUGCAGACUCUGCUUUCUCUCAAGUGCUGUAUCGACCUGGAACACCGAGUGCUGCGGCUGAAAGCCCCCUUCCCAGAGCUGCCCUUCCUGCCUUUGUACCCAGAGCCUGGCCAGUGA